AUGAAAUACCUUCUGGUGACUUUCAUUGCCGUCUGCAAGUUUUCGAUAGUUGGGGCAUUAGGAGGCCCUAAAACACAUGACAGAAACAACCAAGAUUUCAUUGAUAAAGGACUACGUCUGCUACAGUUGCAAGAUGAGGCAGGAUACAAUCUCAAGGAGGCGCUUGACCAGCGUCUAAAGCCUCGACAGAAGGAUAAUGCGGUUGUCUGUAAGGAUGGUGGUGGUGGCGAUGAUGGUUGUGAUAAGGGCGAUGAUAAUGGGGGUAAAAGUCAACCCGCGUGCACGACGAAAAAUUUAACCAUUCGAAAAGAGUGGCGGUUUUUGUCAAAGGCGGAAAGACGGAAUUAUAUCGACGCCGUGUACUGCCUUCAGUCCAAACCGUCGUUAUUUACCGAGAAAGAAGCUCCAGGUUCCAAAAACCUUUUCGACUCCUUUGCUGCUGUGCACAUUAAUAAAACGCAAAACAUUCAUGGCAAUGCAUGUUUCUUCCGAUCUACCCAUUUCAACUUCCUCGCCUGGCACCGGUACUUCGUCCAUGCAUACGAGAAGGCGCUCAAAGAUCAAUGUGGAUAUCAGGGAGUUAGCCCCUAUUGGGAAUGGGGAUACGAUGUCCAUGAUCCACAUAAAUCUCCCGUCUUUGACGGUUCGCCUUAUAGUAUGGGAAGCGAUGGUGCUCCUUUGGAAAACAGGGCGCCAACUUUCAAACUCCCUCCUCCCCCGCCACUGCCACCAGCAAACGGCCGCGAGUUCCCUGCCGGACUUGGAGGAGGUUGUGUACAGUCUGGCCCCUUUUCUGACCUGACCACCAAUCUAGGUCCAGUCGCUAUGGCUGGGGGGCGAUUAGAUGAUCCAUUGAGACACAAUCCCAGAUGUCUGCAACGUGACAUGAACUCUUACAUAGGCCAGCAGUUCACCGCUUUCAAUUGGUCAACGUGGACCGUCGAAGCGAGCAGAGACAUUGUCGGAUUCCAAUCGCGACUCGCCGGGACACCAGAGAACGAAAGCCCUAACGGUGAGCCACUGAAUUACUUUGGGGUACAUGGGGGCGGUCAUACUUUUCUGGGUGGGAUGACUGGACAGCAUACCGACUUUUAUUCUAGCCCUCAAGAGCCAGCAUUCUUCCUUCACCACGGCCAAAUUGACCGCCUCUGGUCGAUAUGGCAGUGGCUGGAUAUCAAAGAGCGACGCGAUGCGAUGUGGGGAACUCUUACGUUCGCCAACAUCCCUCCCACACGAAAUGGGACUUUACAUGAUAUCAUCGACUUGGGACCACUUGCACCGCCGUUGACUAUGAGCGAGGUCAUGAGCACAGUUGACGGGCCUUUUUGCUACUUUUAUGCGUAA